AUGCAACCUGUCAUCUUUCUUGGAGGUAAUCAGGAAACCCAACUUAUUAUGUGACCCUAGUAUCCUCAGGGCCCGUGCCUCCCACACAUUGGGCAGUUGGCCUGGGCCUAGGCCGGGUUACCUUGCACUGCACCCUUCUCCUGGGACCAAGUCCAUCGACCUUGGUCAAUCAUUUAAGCCCCUCCUCAGGCUACCCUACACAUGCACACGCUGGCCUCGCCCUCCUCUCCCCACCCUUGCCAGGGCUUCCCUGCUCCACAUUUGCACAUGCCAUUCCCACCAUUCAAGUGACCAUUUGCCCUGAUCCUCCCUGUUGCUGGGUAGUCCCUGCUUAUCCUCUGGGCCCAGCUACAACAUCCCCCCACCCAGGACACCUUCCCUGGCCAUGCUGCCCCCACACAGGUGGCUCUCUGAGCUCAGGAGCCUACAGUCCUCUGGGUUUCCCUGGCUCUGUCUCAGAGAUCCCAUGGUCUGGACACAUGAGAAAUAAGCUCCACCCACCUCCGCAUGGUGACCUACUAUGGCACCUGGCACCACCAGCAAUGUCCCGGACACUGCCCUGGGGGUUCUGUUGGCGAACACUUGCACACGGUGCCCUGGGGCUCAGCUCCUGAGUAGUGGUUACAGGAGUUGUAGCCCGGGCUUCCCCCUCCCCCAGCGCCCCAUGGCAGCCAGACUCUGUCUGCAGUUCAGCAGGGUGGGGGGCCAGGAGGACAGGCACAAAGCUGCAGGAAGGACCACGAGUGAAGGCUGUAACGACAUUUGCCCAGGAUACUCUGGGCAUCCUGAGUCCUCUCUUUACCUACCACCACCACUGCCACCUGAUCCAUCCCAAGUGCCACCAACCCCUCUCCCACUCCAUUGCCCAGGCCACUGCCGUUCCAUCCUGGAUGCCUGCAGAAGCCCCCUUAGGUCUCCUGGGCCACACUUGUCUUCAAGGGCCUGUGUCCUUGCCCUCCCCCACGCCACCACAGCCAGCCUGCCUGUUCUUUCCGCACCCCAAGCUCAUUCCCACCUUGACUGGCAUCUUCUUAUUCCCCAGCUGAAGCAUCACCUCCUCAGAGGAGCUCUCCCAGGAAGACACGCCUCCCUCAGAAGUCUCCCAUUACCCCGGUGUUUCUUUCAUGGAACUUAGGACAGCAUGCCAUUGUCAUGCUUCUUUGCUAAUAGCAGAGGUUUCUGGCGUGAACACCAGGAGGGAAGGGGCCUGUGUCUCUUCCCCAGUGUUCUCAGGGCCUAGACAGCUGUUGAGUGAAUGAAUGGGGUCCAGGUGUCUGGGUGAGUAUGACCUUGAAUAAGUGUGAGGCCCUCUCCGGGCCUGGCUUCCGCCCUGUCUGCGCCCACACCGCAGCCUUCCUCAGCCGCCCCCACCGUCCCAGCUGCGGUGAGAUGCAGUUGCCCCAGAACCUGACGGAGGUGCUCCAGCUCGCCUUCCUCCCCUUCACACUUGCCGGCUGUGUCCCAGCCGCCCACGCAGCACCUCUUCCCAGCCCCACCCUGUCGGCCCCUCCCAGGUGCUUGGGGUGGCGCAGCCAGCUCCCACGGCACCCCAGACUUGGGUGCACACCAUGGGGGUUCUAAGGCCCUGGGCCCGAUACUGGCUCCUGGUUGUGGCCCACCUGCUGGCCCUGGGGCUUGGGGCUGUGGUGCUCCAGGCACUGGAGGGGCCUCCAGCACUCAGGCUCCAGGCUCAGCUCAGGGCUGAGCUGGCUACUUUCCACGCCAAGCAUGGGGCCUGCCUGGCCCCUGGAGAACUGAAGGAGCUGCUGGGUGCUGCUCUGGCAGCCCAGGCCCACGGGGUCUCCAGCCUGGGCAACGGCUCGGAGGACAGGAACUGGGAUCUGCCCUCGGCCCUGCUCUUCACUGCCAGCAUCCUCACCACCACGGGUUAUGGCUACAUGGCCCCACUAUCAGCAGGCGGAAAGGCCUUCUGUGUGGUUUAUGCAGCCCUGGGGCUGCCAGCCUCCCUAACACUUGUGGCUACCUUGCGCCACUGCCUGCUGCCUGUGCUUAGCCGCCCGGGUGCCUGGGUAGCGGCGCACUGGCAGCUGGCACCAAACAGGAUUGUAUUGCUGCAGGCAGCUGGACUGGGCCUGCUGGUGGCCAGCAUCUUUGUGUUGCUGCCAGCACUGGUGCUAUGGGGUCUGCAGGGAGACUGCAGCCUGCUGGAGGCCAUCUACUUCUGCUUCAGCUCACUCAGCACCAUCGGCCUGGGGGACUUGCUGCCCAGCCAUGGCCAUGGCCUGCAUCCAGUAAUUUACCACCUUGGCCAGCUCGCACUUCUUGGUUACUUGCUCCUAGGCCUCCUGGCCAUGCUGCUAGCCGUGGAGACCUUCGUGGAGCUACCACAAGUCCGUGCCAUCGUGAAGUUCUUCGAGUGCAGUGGCCCUUUGACAGCUGAGGACCAAGGUGGCAUUCUAGUCCAGGAUGAACUGGCUCUGAGCACCCUGCCACCCACAGCCCCAGCCUCAGAACAGGCCCCAGCUUGCUGACAGGUGUCAGGUGACCAAGUCCAGCUGCUUUAAGGUGGAGGAGCAGGAAGGAAACAGCCAGGAGCAGUUGGGGAAGAAUCUGGAGAUAGGGGUGGAGUGGAUGUGAAGACCUCAGGGAAUCAUGUGUUAAUUUAAACAAAAAUAAAAUGGGCAAGAACUUCAA